GCCUGGCGGAAGAUGUCGCCGGCCGGAUUCGGUAGCAUCCUCCGAAAGUUGGCUGCGGUCACCUCCAAGCGACGCCGUUUAUUUGCGUCUCCUGCUGGAUCGCGGGCCCCGGAGGUUGAUCCACCGCCGCCGCCCCGAGUUGGGAGAAGCUCCCUCUGACGAAUCUUCCCCUUUUCUUAGUGGCGUUUCCUCCGGGUGACUUUUUUAUUUUUCAUUUAUUUUUUUUAAACCCAGGGUUCAUUCACCGCGAAUCUCUUUCAUCAGUUUUACCACGCGCACACAAACACACACGCACGCAAGCACACACAAACACACUUCCUGUCUCCGGUGGCCCUUCUUUGAAAGUGUCUCCCUCUCUCCUUCCGUUCCUCCGCCGAGCCUUCGACGCGCACUUUCUAGGGUCUCCUUCGAAAAGCGGUCGGUCAUUUUGGGCAAGCCGGUUCCUUUUCGGCGGGGCAAACUUCGUGCUCCGGGUUUUAAUACGCUCGUCGGAAAGAUGGUGAGCAUCAAGAGGUGCUCCCAGCCACCUGAGGCAGAUGGAGAUAAGGAUCAGCGGACAGUGACCAUCAAUCCUUGUCAUAUGGGAAAGGCAUUCAAAGUCAUGAAUGAAUUAAGGAGCAAGCGGCUUCUUUGCGACGUGGUAAUUGUUGCUGAAGACAUUGAAAUCGAAGCCCACCGUAUUGUCCUAGCAGCUUGCAGUCCAUAUUUCUGUGCAAUGUUUACAGGAGAUAUGACAGAAAGCAAAGCAAAGAAGAUAGAGAUCAAAGACGUUGAUGGACUAACCUUAAGCAAAUUAAUUGAUUAUAUCUACACAGCAGAGGUAGAGGUCACAGAAGAGAAUGUCCAGGUUUUACUGCCAGCUGCCAGCUUGUUACAGCUGAUGGAUGUUCGACAGAACUGUUGUGACUUUCUUCAGUCUCAGCUCCACCCCACAAAUUGCCUUGGAAUUCGCGCCUUUGCAGAUGUGCACACCUGCACAGAAUUAUUGCAACAGGCCAAUGCCUAUGCAGAGCAGCAUUUUCCUGAAGUGAUGCUUGGUGAAGAAUUUCUUAGCCUAAGCUUGGACCAGGUUUGCAGCUUGAUAUCAAGUGACAAGCUCACAGUGUCAUCAGAGGAAAAGGUCUUUGAAGCUGUCAUUUCGUGGAUAAAUUAUGACAAAGAAUCUCGCUUGGAACACAUGGCAAAACUGAUGGAGCAUGUUCGUCUUCCUCUCUUGCCCAGAGACUAUCUUGUACAGACAGUUGAAGAAGAAGCUUUAAUCAAGAAUAAUAAUACAUGUAAAGACUUCCUCAUUGAAGCCAUGAAAUAUCAUUUACUUCCUCUGGAUCAGAGACAGCUGAUAAAAAAUCCUAGAACCAAACCAAGGACGCCAGUCAGUCUGCCAAAGAUAAUGAUUGUGGUGGGUGGGCAGGCACCAAAAGCCAUUCGAAGUGUAGAGUGUUACGACUUUGAGGAGGAGCGAUGGGAUCAGAUCGCUGAACUUCCUUCUCGGAGAUGCAGAGCAGGGGUAGUAUUCAUGGCAGGCAAAGUCUACGCGGUGGGAGGUUUCAAUGGUUCCUUGCGUGUUCGGACGGUCGAUGUGUAUGAUGCAGUGAAAGAUCAGUGGACGUCUAUAGCUAGUAUGCAAGAAAGACGAAGCACUUUAGGAGCUGCUGUGCUCAAUGAGCUCCUGUAUGCUGUUGGUGGAUUUGAUGGAAGUACUGGUCUGGCAUCUGUGGAGGCUUAUAAUUAUAAGGUCAAUGAAUGGUUUUUUGUGGCGCCUAUGAACACAAGAAGAAGCAGUGUUGGAGUUGGAGUUGUAGAGGGUAAACUAUACGCUGUUGGUGGAUACGAUGGAGCAUCACGUCAGUGCCUUAGUACUGUGGAGCAGUAUAAUCCAUCUACAAAUGAAUGGUCUUACGUUUCUGAUAUGAGUACUCGGCGCAGCGGUGCAGGGGUUGGUGUUCUUAGUGGCCAGCUAUUUGCUACUGGAGGGCAUGACGGUCCUUUGGUGAGGAAAAGCGUGGAAGUGUAUGACCCUGGAACAAAUACAUGGAAACAAGUAGCAGAUAUGAAUAUGUGCAGAAGAAAUGCAGGUGUGUGUUCAGUGAAUGGACUUCUUUAUGUAGUUGGGGGAGAUGAUGGCUCUUGCAAUUUGGCCUCUGUAGAAUACUAUAAUCCUGUCACUGACAAAUGGACACUAUUACCAAGCAACAUGAGCACUGGAAGAAGUUAUGCAGGUGUAGCUGUGAUCCAUAAACCAUUGUGACACCCGUUUGUGUGAAUGCAACGCAAGGAAUGAUGUCUGUCUGGUUGGGUUUUGGAAGACACUGGGGAUUUUUAAUUGCCAUACUAACAUUGCACUUCUAGCCUGACAAGCAUAUACUAAGAGCAUCCCUUUCUUCUCAACAUGCCACUGCUGGGAACAAAUUCCAGAAAUAAGGUGUUGCUUAUUUUGUGGGUGUUCUGUUCUUUUUUUGUGUGAGCUGUUUUAUGUACAGCCAGGAUUGAGAUUGAAGUGAGUUUCUCAAGAAAGAAGAAAUGCUUCUCUACAGCUUGUGACUGGGAGAAACUUUUUAAAAAGAAUUCUUUACUACUGACAGUGAAUUAAGUAUUAGACAUAAUUUUUUACUUGGUUACAAAUACUUAAUUACACCCGUAGAAAUUAGAAAUUUCAAAAUACCCCAAAACUGUCUGGGAAGCAGUCCAGAAGAUUUUGCUUGUAUUGUAACCAAUCUGUGUACAUAUCCUAUUUGACUACUGUAAAUUUCUAAUUUUGGGUGCUGUAUGAUUUUUCUCUUGAUGCAAAAACCCAAUUUAUCAAAUUGGCUUGAUGAGCCAAGUAGUGUGUUUCUUUGAACUUCAAAUGCCCAAACACCAGAAACACUAUUGAAAUGCAGUGUUCUACUGCUUUUUGAACAGACAUUUUUUUCCUCAAGGUUGACUUUGGUGAAGUGGAGUGAUGGGGGAAUGUAAUAUAUUCGUUGGCAACAAUUGAAAAACUAAUCAGAAAAAGCAAGCUGAACCUGCAGUCUGUUUUUGGUACUGUGAUAUUGUGUCAUCUUCAACAGUGUAGAAUGAUGGAAAUAUGCCACCAAAUUCCAGGAACUUUGCAACUUUUACGAUGAUUUGGGGAUUUCAGGUGGGACCAUAAGCCACUUGAGGAACAGAAGCAGUAAUAUGCCGGGAUGAUAAGGUACUGCCAAGUACAAGGGCAGAGGGAAUUUGGGAUGAGGUUUUCUGUGGAAAUGUAUCUUCAGAAGACCAAAGGAGGAUAUCAAGAAGACUGGAACAAUCAUCUAGGAAAUCCCAGCUAAGCUUUGAUUAGAAGGAACUGGAUUCCUGCAUAUACCUUUCAUUCUUUUGACCAUACAUCAUCAGUGGCCCAAGAUAAUUUAGAACUUUUAAGUGUCCUUUACUUCAUCAUUGUUUAACUCUUCUAGCUCGAGCUGUCCUUCUAAAUGUUAUCCAUACGUUUGCUGUUCUAUGUGUAAAAAAAAGGUUAUUUGGAAUUAAUUUAUUCUAAAAAUGGAAAGGUAAGUGACUUCUCAGAAUAGGGAAAAAUGUCCAGUUUUACAAAUCGAUCUGUAUGCAAUCCCAUUCUAGCCAUUUUUUUAAAAAAAUCAAAACUACCACCACAUGGAAAAUAAUUCUGAUGUCAAAAUAUAUUAUUUGCUUCCAUUUUUUCAGUCAGGUAACACCCCCAAAGCACCUAUUUCUCUAUUCUCCACUAUCUUUUUCUUGAAUACAUUUUCUGUUUUAUUUUGAUUUAAGAAAAGCAUUUAACUCAUUUGUCUUCCUUUUAGUUUUCCUGUCACUUAAAGCAACUGUGAAACAUUAGUGAAGCAGAAAAUGCAAUUGAACAUAAUUUUCAGUAAAGUGUUUCUAAAGGCAAGACUGGGUUUUUUUAAUAAGCGAUUUCUUCUUUUAAAAACAAUCUCUUUACAUCUUAGAGUUCCUUUUUGUAUAUUGGCAGAGAGGGUAUAGUACCAAAGGGUAAGAAUGCACACAUAACAAUCCUAGCUACUGUUUAAAACUCUUCAAGCAGUAAACUGAUUAUUGUCUGUUUAACACCUAUUUUAAGGUAAAAUAUAUGGCAUUUUCUUUAUUUGUCUUUCUUCCUUUUUACUAAGGUUGCCUGUCACUAAGGAAUUGUCUUUCCAAAGCGGGAACAAUAAAUACAUUGCAUCAAUUGCAUUUUCUAUACCGAGUUUGAGAGUGAAUAAAAUACAGCUUCCUUUUCUCCACAUAGGAGUUCCAUCCAAGAGCCAUUGAAUAUGGACAUCCUGUGGCAAAUCUCUAGUCCUUCUGAGGAAGAUUUGGGAAUGCUGUGGAGAUUUUGAUAGGGCUUAGCCAGGCCUGGCUUGGAUGUUUAUUGCUGAGCAAUAAAUGAGUUGAGUUGACAUAGUUUGUUUGGCUAAAAGUAAACAAGUCACAUCCUGCCUGAAAGUUAAACUUGAACUAGGACUUUGCAUGUGAUGGUAGUAAAUAACAUUUAAUGCUUUAUAAACAAAUAGACAUGGAACAGGACUUAAACUUCAUAUUUUUCCCUCACUACCCACACAAACCUCCCUAGAAGAUCUACUGGACACCAUAGUUUUUGCUCAAAAAUCUCUAGGAUGAUGUCUGAGUAUAAACCCUGUCAUCCUCAUUGGGCAAUCAUCUGGGUAUGGUUCUGUUAAUCCUGCUUGUAGCACAUGUGAAUCACUUAACAGGUGGGAAAUGCUUCCAGUAAUCUGCACAUGAAGACCACAGUACGCAAAUCAGUCACGGCUUUGAAAUACAAUGAGAUUGUUUUUCUUUGUUUUUACUCAGUGAUGCUAAGAUGCCAUAUUUACCUCAUUUGAUGAUGCAAGUAUGUCUACAAAUGUAUAUGCACAAAAAUCCAACUUCUUAUCAAAGCUAUAUGCAUGCUACAUUCCACCACUGAUAGGCACUGUAUUUUGCUGUCUAGCUCUACUAUAAAGUGGCCCCUAGGUUCCCAUGUGACAAGCUGGGGUGGGGGAAUUAGAAACUUGUGUGGUGGCUGUUCAUAAAUGGCAUUGGUUUCAGCUAAGAGCCACUUAUCACUAGCAAAUGGUAUGUGUCACUCUUCUGUGGGUAAACUUGCAGGGUUAAUGCAAGUCAAGUGACCUCAUUUCUCAGCUAUGCAAUAUUAAUAAUUGUGACACAACAACCAGCUGCAAUUGCCCUUUCAAAACGCUUUUGAAAUAACUUUCAUUUGCACCAUGCCAACUCUGAGCCGCAGCUUUUCAAAGAUUGCCUUUUUAUAGGGCUUGGAAAUACAGCUUUAGAGCUGGCAAAUUUAAAUAUAAUUAUUUUUGUAAGAUAAUUCUUAAUGAGUUCUUGGCUCUCUUUUGAUAUCGGUGGCAAUUAUGAUUAGUGUCUAAUCCUUACACCAUGGGCCCAAUUCUCAUCAGCCAUUUAUUUAUGAUGGCUUAUGGAAAGGACACAAUCCUGCUCAAUGUUAAUUAACAGUGGACUGUUACCUCUAUAUUAGUAAGAUUCUGAACUAAGGCACACAGCAAUGCCCACAUGUUUAUUGGCUUUUUAAAAAAAUAAUAAUUUGGCUUCAACUUGUACAUCAGGAUUGCUUUAUUUUUCUCUUCGGUUUUCUAGCAACUGUGUGCUCUGCAGCUCAAUACUAAAAUCACAUUUAGAAGUGAAGUCUCUCUCGUCCAAAAGCUGACUCAUUUCAUUGUGAAAUGAUCUUCCAUAAAUCCGGGUUACAGAUGCAAAAGUUAAAAACCAAUGCAAAAGACUGUUUUAGGUCUGUGCUCAACAUAUGCUCCUAAACAUAGUGCAGAUUUUCCUUCUUGGAAGCUUCUGGCAGAGAAUUCCAUCCCCUCCCCCCUCCCAGUAUUUUAAAGGAAAUCUGUAUGUUGGCAACUAAAUUAGCAUGGAUAUACUAUUAAUUUGCUCAUUUCCAAUUGCUGUUGCAAUUUAUUAGAUAGUACAUAACGGGCUGCAAAUAUCCAGAGUUUUCAUGUGUCUUUUGCCAUCUAGUUGCUGCCUGGACAUUUUUUUUUUUUAAACCAGAGAUCAAUGAACUGCCCAAUUCCAUUGAUGUUUCAAACUUAAGCAUUUCAGCAAUUGAGAUUUGCAACCAACUUAUUGGACAAGCUUAUGUCCAGAUGUUAAAGCACAAAGUACUACUGUAUUUAAAAUGAAUUCUCAAUAGACCCUAAAUAACAUUGCGUGAUUAAGCAGUAAAAAGGAAAUUAUUUUUAUUUUUUGCACUAUAUGUAUAUUGAAGACUUUGGAUAUUAUUUACCUUUUCAAUCAAAGGAAUGCACGUGUCCACUACUUUAACAGGCUUGUUUCCUGUUUAUGGGUAGGAAUCAAGACAUACUUGAAGGCACUAAAAAAAGGACACCUUUUUAAAAGAAUUAACAUUUGGCGCAUAACUGAAUUAACAGAUUGUGAUAAUAUAAAGGGGCAGAUUGCUAGUAACUCUUGCAUAAUAUUUGUUUCUGAAAACAUGAAAUGAUUACUUUUGGUUGAAUUUCAGGUAUUUAAAGAUUGUCUUUUGCCAAUCCAGUUUCCAGUUAGAUUCCAUAGUUUGUUCCUAAAUUAUCACUCCAAGUUAGAGUUUAAUUAUGGAUUAUGGAUAGAUGAUGAUUUGUUGCCAUGCAAAAUCAGGAGGGAGUCUGUAAGUGUCAACCCUGAAGCUAGCCUGACUGAAGGCAUUUUGUCUGCUGCUGGUGCUUAAUAAUGGUUUGGUUAAGGAUGACAUUUGAAUGUGCUCAAUAUGUGAUAAGUAUAUGAUAAGAAUCCAAAACACUCUUUUUUCCCCAAUAUCCUAAAUUAUUUUAUUUUUCUGUGUGGUAGCAAUAAACUCUUAAGAGGUUUAAUUUAUAAAUAUGAUGUUUAAGAUAUAGUUUAAGAAUAACAGAAGAGCAAAGCUUUUUUUAUU